UUUGUUGUAUUUUAUUUGACUAUACUUUUUGCAAAGUCAAGCUAGCAUUGGGAGACUAGGCUCUGCCGAAACAUCGUGUAGCCAAUGUUGUCGAAAUCACAUUUACAGAUCUUCUUUCUGAAACCACACACCAUCUAUAUGCUUGCUUAAUAAUCUUAGUAGGGAAGAAGACCUGUAACCAAUUUUUUUUUUCUUUUUUUUUCUGAUAUGGCUUCUCUGGCCAGGCAGAAGCAGCCUCACUUUGUCUUAAUCCCACUCCUGGCACAAGGCCACAUGAUCCCCAUGGUAGACAUGGCUAGGCUUAUUGCAGAGCGUGGGGUGAUGGUCAGCUUGGUCACUACCCCAUACAAUGCCUCAAGGUUUGAGGCAACAAUUUCCAGAGCAAUUAAAUCUGGCCUUCAGAUAGUUCUUGUGGAAAUCCCAUUUCCAUGCCAGGAAGUGGGGCUUCCAAUUCAGUGUGAGAAUCUUGACAUGUUGCCAUCAAGAGACCUGCUCAGAAAAUUCUAUAAGGCUCUAAAUCUGCUACAAGAACCACUCGAACGCUACCUUAAUGAGCACAAUCUGCCUCCGAGCUGCAUAAUAUCGGACAAGGCAAUAUCAUGGACAGCGAAAACAGCUCAGAAAUUCAAUAUUCCAAGGAUUGUUUUCCAUGGGAUGUGCUGCUUCUCACUGCUGAGCUCUCAUAAUGUCAAGUCCUCUGAUGUUCUCCACUCUGUCACAUCUGACUAUGAACCUUUUGUAGUGCCAGGGUUGCCCCAGAGGAUUGAGAUCACGAAGGCCCAGCUGCCCGGAUCAUUUGUUACCCUACCCGAUUUGGAUGAUUUUCGGGAGAAGAUACAAGAGGCAGAAUCAAAGUCUUAUGGGGUUGUGGUGAAUAGCUUUAAUGAAUUGGAACACGGGUGUGCUGAGGAGUUGGAGAAGGUGCUUGGUAAAAAGGUUUGGUGCAUUGGGCCUGUUUCUUUGUGCAACAGAAACAAUUUGGACAGGUUUUCGAGAGGCAACAAAGUUUCAAUUGAUGAGAUGCAAUGCUUGGAGUGGCUUCACGCUAUGAAACCAAGGUCUGUCAUUUAUGCUUGUCUUGGAAGCCUUUGCAGACUAGUUCCAUCACAAUUGAUAGAACUUGGGCUUGGUUUAGAGGCAUCAGGGCAACCAUUUAUUUGGGUGAUAAAAACAAGUGAGAAAUAUUCACAAUUGGAGAAGUGGUUGGUGGAGGAAAGAUUUGAGGAAAGGAUCAAAGGGAGGGGUCUUUUGAUCAAAGGUUGGGCUCCACAAAUUCUUAUUCUCUCAAAUCCUGCAAUUGCAGGGUUCUUAACUCACUGUGGUUGGAACUCAACAAUAGAAGGGGCAUGUUCUGGUGUGCCAAUGAUAACAUGGCCUCUAUUCGCAGAGCAGUUCUUCAACGAAAAGCUGAUCGUAGAGGUGCUAAGGAUCGGUGUUCGGGUAGGUGUAGAAGUCCCGGUUAGGUGGGGGGAUGAAGAGAAAGUUGGAGCGUUGGUCAAGAAAGAUGAAGUGAAGAAGGCAAUAGAAGCACUGAUGGAUGAGGGUGAAGAAGGCGAAAGGCGAAGAAAGAGAGCAAGAGAAGUUGGAGAGAAGGGUAGAAGGGCAAUGGAAGAAGGUGGGUCAUCUCACUCAAACAUGUCAUCUUUAAUUCAAGAUGUUAUGGAACAACCUAGUACUCAAGACAAAUGUUAAAGCUUCAAUCAAUUCCAGCAUUAAUGACCUCUUAGGCCAAAUGCAUGGUAUAUGGCCGAAAAGUAAGGCAGAGGUUUCAAAUCUUGGAUUGUUGCAACUACAACCUGGAUAUAAGCAAGAGUUCAAUCAAUGUAACAGUUUAAAUUGUAAAUAUUUUAAUUUCCUCCAAAAUGUUAGUUUACUACUCCAUCGUAAAUAACUAGUUAUUUUCACUACUUCGUGGUAUACAUGUUAUAUGAGUUGCACAUGUAAUUUGGCAACAGCUUGGUUUCAAUUCAAGUAUGUUGUAUUGUUAUUUUUCUCCUCCUCUCCGCCCACCGUUGUCCCGAUGAGGGGCGGAGCCACACUUUGGCCCGAAGUGGCGGUGGCACCCCCCAAA